AUUAUUAUUAUUAUUAUUAUAUUAUUGUAAGAAAAGAAGAAAAGAGGCAGGUUCCUUCCUUCGUAAAAAUCACCUCUUCUCCUAUUAUUUCGGCUCUUCUCCUUUGUUUUAGCAUAACAAAGUUGAUCAAAUAGAAUACAUGGCAGAAGAAGAAGAAAAGGACAUACCAGAUUUUUUAUACCAUGUAGAUGAAGAACAAGAACAACAACAAGAAGGAAGGAGUGGAGAUGAAAAUCUUGAUGAUCUUUUUAAGCUUAUGAAGGUGACGGAUACAUCCGCCACUCAAGCAAGAGCCGGGAAAGAUAUUCAGGGCAUUCCGUGGAAAAGAUUGAGUAUAACAAGGGAAAGUUAUAGACGUACAAGGCUCGAACAAUACAAAAACUAUCAAAAUAUUCCCUCAUCGGGAGAUGCUAUCGAUAAGGAAUACAAACAAACGUCCAAGGAUGGUAACUACUAUGAGUUCUUUUGUAAUUCAAGAGCAUUGAAGCCUACAAUCCUUCAUUUUCAGCUGAGGAAUCUGGUAUGGGCUACCUCAAAGCAUGAUGUGUAUUUCUUGUCUGACUACUCGAUCAUGCACUGGUCAUCGUUAUCACAAAACUCAACGGAAAUCGUUAAUUUUUCUGGGCACGUAGCACCUACCGAGAAACAUGCUGGAAGUUUGUCAGAAGGGUUUACAAAAACUCAGAUUAGUACAUUAGCAGUCAAAGAUGAUUUUUUGGUUGUAGGUGGCUUUCAAGGAGAGCUUGUUUGUAAGAGAUUGGAUACAGAGGGAAUUAGCUUUUGUACAAGAGCAACUAAUGAAGGCAUCAAUGUCGUAACAAAUGCUAUCGAGAUAUACAAUACCUUGAGUGGUGGAAUGCAUUUUAUGGCGUCAAAUAAUGAUCAUGGUGUGCGAGAAUAUGAUAUGGAUGGAUUUCAGCUCGUGAAUCAUUUCCAUUUUCCAUGGCCAGUAAACCAUACAUCCCUGAGCCCAGAUCGCAAACUCAUAGCUGUAGUUGGUGAUCAUCUUGAUGGAUUGCUUGUAGACUCUUCAAGUGGAAAGACGGCUGCCACAAUAGAAGGCCACCGGGACUACUCAUUUGCAUCUGCAUGGCACCCAGAUGGCAGAAUCCUUGCUACAGGCAAUCAAGACAAGACUUGUAGAGUAUGGGAUUUAAGAAAUCUUUCAAACCCGGUUUCGUUUCUUAAAGGCAACAUGGGCGCGGUUCGAUCAGUUCGCUUUUCAUCAGACGGACAGUUUUUGGUGGUUGCAGAACCUGCAGAUUUUGUUCAUGUUUAUAAUACCAACUUAAACUAUGAAGAAAGGCAAGAAAUUGAUUUCUUUGGGGAAAUAGCUGGUGUUUCUCUUAGUCCUGAUGAUGAAGCGCUUUACAUUGGAGUGUGGGACCGGACUUAUCACAGCUUGCUACAGUUCAACAAAUGACACAGGACCCUGUUUCUUGAUUUGUUUGUGUUGUAGUUUCUAUUUUCUAAUAGUUGUCAUAAAAUAAGUCAAGUUGUUUGUAUAGUGAAAAUGUGUGUAAGUUGAGAAAGGCUUGUUGACUGUGUUGGGACAAAUAUGUUGUUGGUUUUAAAUGUCAAAUUAUGGUUGGGUUAUGCUGCCAUUGAUA